CUCUACUAAACGACAAAUAAACCACUAACGCUAACGUUUUCAUUUCUGUGUCCUUGGCUGGAGAAAUCUAAGCAGCAGGAGGAGAGAAUGUUCAAGCAUCUCGUGGCGCUUCAGCAGGUGUCCCGGCGGACGCUAACAAACAGCGCUCGCAGGCAGUUGGACAAUAAAGUCCCGCAGAAGCAAAAAAUCUUCCAGGAGAAUAAUGGCAUGCCAGUGCAUUUAAAGGGUGGGGCUAGUGAUGCUGUCCUCUACCGUGCCACAAUGGGCCUCAGCGUACUGGGAGCUGUAUUUGUACUCUAUGAACUGGGCAAGGCAGCACUCCCACAAAAGAAAUGAUUCCAAUUCCUGGAUUUUUGCUAGAAUGUCCAUGUAUAUGUUGUAAAGAGAAGGAUGUAUUUCAUGGAUAAUAUUUAUUCUUUUCAUAAUGGGACCAAUGAACAUGUAUCUAGCAGUAGACAAUAAACUUCUUCCCAUCA